AUGGACUCAGAGGAAGACCAUCGGCCCGGGACUACAGGAACAACCCCCAAGCUAUCAAACAAAGAUGUGAACGCUCACAUGAUUGUCAAUAAGGACAUCAGAGAGUAUCUUGUCCAGCCAUCUACGGACUAUGCUGAGGAAUGGCUAAAGAGGCCGGAAAUCCCAUCGGCAGAAGAGAUCUUAGGCAAUUCUGGUACCGGAGAAGAUGAUUAUAUUGAGUUGACACCAAACAAAACUGAAGGUCCUUGGAAGUCGAGUGAUGAGUACCUCAAAGCCCACUAUGAGCUCCUUCGAGAAGACGCAGUUGCUCCUCUGAGAGAUGCUGUUGCAUACGUCAGAGAUGACCCCCAUAUGACUGACUCCAAGCUUGUGUCCAUCUAUGAUAAGGUCUACUUCAUCGGUAUCACAUUCGCGCAAAGAGGUCUAGGAAUCAAAAUCCGUUUCUCCACUAGCCGAGCCGAGAAGAACAUCGUAUGGGAAUAUACCAAGCGUCUAGUCAGCGGCUCCAUCAUUGCUCUUAGUCCAGCAGAUGACGUGUUUCAGCAGAAGUGCGUUGUUGCUAUUGUUGCUGCCAGACCACUCGAAGGCGUCCAAAAGUAUCCUUCAGAGAUUGAUAUCUUCCUUGCUAGACCUGAAGAUUUUGAGUUCGACUCUCAGAAGGAAUGGAUCAUGGUAGAAGCCAAGGAUGGCUACUACGAAUCUGUGAGGCACACUAUGGCAGCACUUCAGAAGUUGAAACAAGAAAGAUUUCCUCUUUCUGAACACAUUUGCCUGCUUGACGCACAUGUUGGAGCUCCAGAAUACGUGGAGAAGAAUCCUAUCUAUGACAUACAGUCGGUAACUGAGGCUGCCGAGGGAGAUAAAGUUGACAUCCUCACAAACUGGCCUCGAGAACCAAGCCAGGCCAUGGACAAUACACAAUGGCAAGCCUUACAGGAAAUGCUUACGAAGAGGCUCUCGCUCAUCCAAGGCCCUCCUGGCACAGGAAAGACAUAUGUUUCUGUUGUUGCACUAAAAGUUUUACUUUUAAACAUGAAGUAUGGGGAUUCUCCUAUAAUCCUAGCCUCCCAAACGAAUCAUGCGUUGGAUCAACUUCUAAGGCUCGUCGCCACCUUCGAAACAAGCUAUAUCCGGCUCGGUUCUCGGAGCAACGACCCCGAAAUAAAACGACGGACUCUCUACUGUGUCAGACAGAAUGAACCCGCCGUCACGGUACAUGGAAGCGUUCUAGGAGGGGCCAGAAAGGAGCAAAAAUUCUUGACCCAAGCCAUUGCCAGAAUUCUGCAGCCAUUCAACGCCGAAAAUGCCCAGGAGCCCCUUCCUGCUUCUCUAUUUGUUGAGUAUGGCCUCUUGACGGAGACGCAGCUCGACAACUUAAAGAAAGGUGCUGAAGGCUGGACUCGUCCCACUGAUAGUGAAGAUACCGACCCGCUGGUAGUCUGGCUAGGUGACAAGUUGGUGCCAUUCGAAGUGAAGUAUGAAAGAGAGAGUUUCGGAUUCGAGGAGGAUGAGGUAGAUCUCGAGUACGAACAACUAAAGGAAUUGGAGGCCGAGCAGGGCAUUGAAGAGGAUGAUUACGAGAUCCUCAAAGGACAAUUCAUCAAUCUUCGGGAUGGCCUUUGUGGGUGCAAACUCGCGUGCUCCGAGGUUUCCGCAAUUGAGAAUCUGAAGCAGAAAGAUCUGUGGAAGGUGAGAGAAGAGGCUCGGGGGGCAGUGUAUGAUGUCCUCCGAAAACAACUUAAAACAAAGAUGAGGGAGACUCUUCUCCCACAAGUCUCACUCUAUUCGAAGAACUGUGAGAAUAUCCACAUUGGCAAAUGGGAACGAGAUCACCACGUUCUUCGGACAGCAAAAGUGAUCGGAAUGACAGCCACGGGUCUGAGUAAAUACCGGGGACUGAUCUCUAGCCUCAGACCGAAGGUUGUCUUGAUCGAAGAAGCCGCUGAGGCUAUCGAGGCACCAAUUGUUGCUGCGUGCUUUGACUCCCUCCAGCACAUGAUACUCGUGGGUGACCACCAGCAGCUCAGAGGGCACUGUACUGUUCAAGAGCUCGGGGGCGAGCCCUACAAUCUUGGGGUCUCCAUGUUUGAGCGACUAGUCAGGAACGGAAUGGAAUACGUCAUGUUAAACAGGCAGAGAAGAAUGGCGCCAGAGAUCCGGCAGCUCUUGGAGCCUAUCUACGGCGAACUGUAUGACCAUGAGUCAGUACGCAAGCGUCCUGGAGUGAAAGGGAUGGGAACCAUUCGCUCCUACUUUUUCACUCAUAUUUGGCCAGAGAGCAGAGAUAACCUUGCGUCCAAAUACAACGAGACGGAGGCCCAGAUGAUUGCCGAGUUCGUCGUCUACCUGGUGCAGAAUGGCAACACGGUGAAAGAUAUAACAAUUCUGACCUUCUACAAUGGCCAGAGAAAAAAGCUUCUGACCGUUUUGAGACACCAUCCGUACCUUCAAGGCCAGUACGUGAAGGUGGUAACGGUGGACUCAUAUCAGGGAGAAGAAAACGAAAUCGUGAUUCUUUCACUCGUUCGGAGUGGCGAAAACGACAUUGGAUUCUUGUCGAUUGCAAACAGGGUCUGUGUUGCACUGUCGCGUGCCCGACGCGGGUUCUAUAUGUUCGGCAACGCAAAUUUGUUGGUAAAACAGAACCGGCUCUGGCGGGACGUACUGACAUUGAUGGCCAACAACAAACCACCACGGCGUCUAGGAGCACAGCUGCCUGUCACAUGUGUAGAACACAAGCGGACGACUUUUAUACAAGGUCUUUCCGACUGGAACAAGAUAAAUGGCGGAUGUGAUUCCCCUUGUGAUGGAGUGUUGGAUUGCGGCCAUCCCUGCCCAAUCAAAUGCCACAGCUUUUCUCAUGACCAGGUCGAGUGCAAUGAAAUUUGCAACAAACGCAUGGCUUGCAAGCACGUCUGCAGCGAACCCUGUGCAAUAAGCCAUGUCUGCAGGUGCACUUGCGAGAUGGCUUCACGACUUGAUGAUUUACGUCUUCACAAUGAGUGCCAGGGCUCCACUGCCCCGCUGGAGGGACCGAGUCCCUAUCCUGAAGCGGUCAGACAUUAUCAAGCGUUUGCAAGUGGAGGUGCGAAGGAGCACGACGCGCUUUUGCUGAAGAAGGCUACCGAGACCGCCGCGGCAGCGUGGCCCACACCAGGAAUAGAGGAGGAUGAAGAUCUUCUCCCCGAGACGAGUCCUCAGGAACGCGACACCACGGUUCUCUUGUCGGAGGAAGAUCUCAUGGAGAUCUGA